AUGGCCACCAACCUGAUGUUAGUGCUGAAGUUUGACGGAGUUUAUGCUGUGAAGAAAUGUUUGUUGGAAUUUGAUUUUGAUACAUUGAUUGGAUUUGUUAGAGCGAAAUGGGAUACGUUAAAUAGGAGCAAUAUGAUUCUCACUUAUUCAGUAGGUGGCAACGGGGAGGGUAUGUUGGGUGAUGAUGACGACGUUGGAUAUAUGUUCUCGUUGAUCCGACAACUUUCGAUUGAACGUAUUGAGAUAAACAUUAAACUAAAAAGUGGAAUUGUUGCGCAGCAACAUAUAAAUGUACCAACUACGCCAAGUGAUAGAAUUAUUCAAUUUAUGCAACCGAGAAUGUGCAACGGUGGGCUGAAUACUGUGACUCCCCCUGAAAGACAUCUAUUGAGUAUGAGUUGGGCAAAUCUAAUUAAGGAUGUUGGACAAGUUUUUGCAGGUGGUGCGUCAGAAUUUAGGAAGGCGCUUUGCAAAUUUUCGGUUGAAGUUGGAUUUGAUUUCAAUUAUGUGAAGAAUGAGCGAGUAAGGGUUACUGCUGUUUGUGAGUAUAGAUCAUCGAAAAAUUGCAUGUGGAGGAUUCACGCAUCCAUUGAGAAGGCAAAUGGAUUUUUUUACAUUAGAAAAUAUGAAAAACAUCAUACUUGUGGAUGCGGAUUCGGUACGUCAAGUAAGCGAAGGUUGACAUCCAACAUUAUUGCAGAUUUAAUAGUCAAUGAUGUUCGUGAGAUGCCAGACACAUCACCUAAUGAUAUUAUUGUGAGUACGAAACUGAAUUAUGGUUUUGAUAUAAACUAUUACAUAGCUUGGAAGGCUGUGUCAGCUGGGAAAGAGCAUGUGUUUGGGGACCAUUCAAGUUCUUACUCACAUCUUCCAUCUUAUUUUGAAGAACUCGUAAGUAGUAACCCGGGCAGCGCUUAUCAUAUUGAUGUCGAUGGAGAGUCCAUGAAGUUUAAACGAUGUUUUUUUGCCAUUGGUGCUUGCUUGUAUGGUUUUAAGGCAUGUCGACCUUUAUUAUGUGUUGAUGGAACUUUUUUAAAGGGUAAACAUAGGGGGAUGCUACUCAGUGCCGUAGGGAAAGAUGGUGAUAAUGGCUUAUUUCCGGUAGCUUUUGCAAUAGUUAGUGAAGAGACCGAUUCCAAUUGGGCAUAUUUUCUAACUCACUUGAGGGAUGUUAUUGGUACGGAUCGUUCAUAUACAUUUCGGCAAGAAUUUGAUAUAAAAUUUAGUGAGUUUGUGAGGAAUGGAGGAACGAGGGUUGCUAAUUUCUUAGCGGAUUUACCAAUCAAUAAAUGGAGUUGUGCAUACUUUGAAGGGGCAAGAUAUGGUGAGAUGACAUCUAAUGCGGUUGAAUCAUGGAAUGGUAAGACUACUAGUAUUCGGGGGCUCCCCAUUACGAAUCUUGUUGACGGUAUUCGGAGUAUUUUGAUGAUGUGGAUGUGCACAAGGUCCGAGGAUGCCAAGGGGUGGGCAACGAAAUUAUGUCAUGAUGUUGACAUUAAUGUGAAUGACCUCGUGCAGCAAGGUAGGGUAUGGUUUGCUAGGAAAUCUUCAGAGCACGUAUAUGAGGUUAUGUGCAGUCCGAAUGCUAUUGUUGAUGUUAAUUUGAGGACGUGUUCUUGUGGAAUGUGGCAAAUUAGUGGGGUGUUAUGCGCACAUGCUGCAUGCGUUCUUUUCAAGUCUUCUAACUUGAAGUACGAUUAUAUUGACAAAUUACUAUAUACAGAAUCCUAUAGAAAAACAUACUCUUAUUCCAUUCAUCCGUUUGUGAAGCGAGCAGUUGUUGAUGAAAAUAUGAUUGGUGCUCCCGAUCAUCACCCGCAACGUGGUAGACCGAGGGUUAAGAGAAUUCCAUCCAGAGGCGAGAGCAUCGCAAGGAAAAUGAAAUUAUAUUGA